CCAUUCAGACUAUCAGGGCCUCUCUUAGAGAAUAAAUUAUUAAUAGCGGCGUAGCGAGCCUCUCUGCAAAGGCUGCAUGUAUUGAGCUUACAAGGCGCACAAGCUUUUAGAGAGCAGGACACUUUUCCUACUUCCUAAGCAUUUUCUUAGUCCUGAAUCAAUAAUGCACUCGCAGCCCUGCACACAGGUCGCUGCUGCUGUGCUCCUGCUGCUAGGGGCUGCGGACACAAAUACAUCUCUGUAGCAAGAUGCAAGGGCUUAAUAAUCUGGCAGGGAAGGGAUGGGGCAGAAUCCAAGCAGCUUAAUUUGUAAACAAGCUUCAGGGAACUGCCCUGGGAAGAGCAAAGCUUGCAAGUGCCUGGUACAGAAAGUCUGAGUUUGGAGACAAGCUAAAAAUCAGUCAAUGUGAUUAAACUGCUGCAUUUUUGAAUGCGUGCCCGUGGCUGCCAGCUGAGGAGUGCCUGGUUUAUCAGCCUCUGAUCCCAGGCUCCAGGUCACCCCGCAGCCCCCAGUGCCAAAGGGGGAGGUUGAGGGGUGCAGCAAGCAGGGAGCUGGGGGUGGAGGUGAGCCUGGGGCAGCAGGAGGGAUGGGGUUAGAGCGGCUCACCGGGGGAUUAGCAGUUCACAAAGAAAGAGCUGCUCAAAAAUGAUUCCAUGGGAGGCCGGGCUGCUGCGGGUGGUGUGUGUGUAUCCCCAGCACAGAUGAGAUUAUCUGCUUAGGAGUGGAAUUUUCCGGGCAGCAUUAACCCUUGUGCUGCCCCCAAAUCAGCUGCACAGUCGGGACAGGGCGCUGGGCAGGGGAUCCAGCGGCUGCUGCAGCAGAGCUGCUGCCAGGCCAUCCCAGGGCUUUGGAAAUGGAAGUGCUGCUUCCAGGCCACUCUGCAAACAGCAUGCUUGGGGCCCUCCUCAGAGAGGUCACCCAUGGACUGGGCUGGUUUCAGGCUGAAGGUUGAAAUUCCUCAUGUAACCAGAUUUUCUGUUUCUGGCUUAGCCAGAGUGGGCGUGAGGGGAUUUGUGUCGGUGCAGGAGCGGUGCUGGCUGUGUUGUGAGGGUGGACAGGUGACUGGGGUCAGCCCUUGUGCGUGAAAAGCUGUAUCUCCCUCUGCAUCCUCCCUUUGUGGAAAGGAUGCUUCCCGCCUGGGUGUCACCCUUUUGCCGAGGCUGUGUCAUUUAUGGUGCAAUGACCAGUUCAGACCCUUUCCAUGAGGUGCUGCCAGACCACAGGGAGAGCUUCAGACAGGGCGUGGGAUGAGAGCAGAGAUUUCCUUCAGCCUCACACAAGGCUGGGUGAGGGAGCCACUGCUUUGCCCUGCUGCAGGCGCCUGGGGGAUUUCAGUUCUCAGGAAAGGUGGAGUCCUCAAUGCCUGGUGAAGCCCAGAGCUGCUCCUGAAAUCCCUCCCUGCCUCAAUUUCCCCAGCUGGAGACAGGACACUGCCCUGCCACCAGCCCACCCUGUCUGGCACGGUGAUGUCUCCCCAGGGCUGGUGGAGAGAAGGGCACAGCGCUGAGCCUGGAUGAAAUACAAACAAGAUGCUUCUCGAAUUCAGAGCAGGCUGGAGGGGGAAGGGGAAGAGCAGCCACGAGUAGGGCUUGAAUCUCUUCUCUGGCGGAGAGACGGGCCCAAGGGAGCCCGAGAGCCAUGAACGAGCGGCGCUGCUCGGUGAAUGAGUAUCUGCUUCAGGCCAAAGGGAAGAGGCAAAACAGCAAAAUGUCUCUCUGAGUGCGUCCCCGUGUCUCGGCCGGAGCCGGGGUCGGUUCUGCUGACUCACGCCCGGCCAGGCCCCGCACGCAGGCCCGGCCUGUCCUGAGGCCUCGGCCAGGGGUCACCUUGUGCUCGGACAGCCGCGGAUCCGGCAGGAACGGGAAGGAAGCGGAGGAGCGAUCAAUCCCCCAAACCACGGCCGGGGAGGAGAUGGAGAACCCGUACCUGUGCAGCGACGAGUGCGACGCCUCCAACCCCGACCUGGCCCACCCGCCCAAGCUGAUGUUCGACAGCGAGGACGAGGGGCUGGCCACGUACUGGCAGAGUGUGACGUGGCGCCGGUACCCGGAGCCGCUGCUGGCCAACAUCACCCUGUCCUGGAACAAGAGCAUCGAGCUGACCGACGACAUCGUCAUCACCUUUGAGUACGGGCGCCCCACCAUCAUGAUGCUGGAGAAGUCUCUGGACAAUGGGAGGACUUGGCACCCGUACCAGUAUUAUGCAGACGACUGCAUGGAGGCCUUCAGCAUGCCAGCACGGAGGGUCCGGGACCUCUCCACCACCAGUGCCAACAGGGUCCUCUGCACGGAGGAGUAUUCCCGCUGGGCGGGCUCCAAAAAAGAGAAGACCGUCCGGUUUGAGGUGCGGGACCGCUUUGCCAUCUUCGCUGGCCCCGACCUCAAGAACAUGGACAACUUGUACACCCGGCUGGAGAGCGCCAAAGGGCUCAAGGACUUCUUCACCGUGACCGACUUGCGCAUGAGGCUGCUGAGACCCGCCCUGGGCGGCACCUACGUGCAGAGGGAGAACUUGUACAAGUACUUCUACGCCGUCUCCAACAUCGAAGUCACUGGCAGAUGUAAAUGCAACCUCCACGCCAACCUGUGCACCUUCAAAGAGGGCAGCCUGCAGUGCGAGUGUGAGCACAACACCACGGGCCAGGACUGUGGCAAGUGCAAGAAGAACUUUCGUUCCAGGUCCUGGCGAGCAGGGUCCUACCUGCCUCUCCCCAAUGGGUCCCCCAAUGCAUGUGCAGCUGCAGGCUCAGCCUUUGGCAACUGCGAGUGCUACGGCCACUCCAACCGCUGCAGCUACAUCGACUUCCUCAACGUGGUGACCUGUGUGAGCUGCAAGCACAACACGCGGGGCCAGCACUGCCAGCACUGCCGCCUGGGCUUCUACCGCAACAGCUCUGCCGAGCUGGAUGACGAGAAUGUCUGCAUAGAAUGUAACUGCAACCAGAUUGGCUCCAUGCACGACCGCUGCAAUGAGACCGGCUACUGUGAGUGCAGGGAAGGUGCCACAGGGCCCAAGUGCGAUGACUGCCUGCCCAACUACUACUGGAGACAGGGCUGCUUCCCCAAUGUCUGCGACGAUGAGCUCCUGCUCUGCCAGAACGGCGGCACCUGCUACCAGAACCAGCGCUGCAUCUGCCCCGUGGGCUUCAAGGGCGUCCUGUGCCAGCAGUCCAGGUGUGAAGUGGACAAAAAGGACUGUGACAGUGCUCCCGGUGCCGGCGGCAGCCUGGCCACCGUGGCCCUGGGGGUGCUCGCCCUGCAGCUGCGAGGCUGGGUGGACCUCUGAGGCUGCACAGGGAGCCCAGCCCGGGCGUGUCACCCCAGGGACCUGGGGACACUGAGGUGACAGGUGGCCGUCCCCACCGCCUCCUCCGCCUUCCUUCACGCUAGGACUUGCACAGCGUCUUUCGGUCCACUUUCCAAGCAGAGAGGUACGCAGGGAGCCCGGCGCUGGCUCCUGCCCGGUGUCCCAGCACAGUGUCCCAGCCCGGUGUCCCAGCACAGUGUCCCAGCCCGGUGUCCCAGCGUGGUGACACGGGGACAGCAGCAGCCUGUGUGGGACAUGGCCCGUCCUGCACACAGUGACUCUGUCCUGCUCUGCCGGGGCCAGGGCCGCCGGGUCUCUGGGCAAACAGUGCCGCCAUCCAAGGGAUGUUUUUUUUAUUAUUACUUUAUUUACUUUGGUAUAGGCUGGGGUGUUGUUUUUAUUUUCCCUGCUCUUGGCAUCUGUUUUAGAAGAGCCUGUGAUGACAACUGCAGAGCCCCAGCACACAAGGAGCAGGGGACAGGAGGGAGGGGAGAGGGGACUCUGGUCCAUCCCUGCUGCAUAGUCCCACAUCCCACCACGGGCCUGGCCUGGCCACGCACAUACUGUUGCCUACAACUGUAGUUGCUGCAUUGAUUUUGUAUUUUCAUGGCUGGGUUUUGUUUUCUUGCACUUAUGGAGAACACAGGGGCCAUGAGGCAUUUGGAACGUGAGGAGUGCAGUGUCUUAUCCACACAUGUCCGUAUGGUGUACGGGUCAAAUACUUCUUUUGGUAGAGACUUAUUUUUAUUUGGAUUAAAUGUUAUAACAGAACCAGAACCACGACCUAAAGGGACAUUUUACCAUGAGCAUUUGAUUCUGGUGUAUCCUCCUCCAGUAAAGCAACUAUUAAUGGCUGCUUGAUCACCAUGUUUUAUUUUUUGUGUGCACAGUUAAUUACAGGUAAAGACUUAUUUUUUGAUUUGCAAUGUCCUCUUGUGUUUUCUCAGUUACUACCAAGGUGCACCACAUGGUGAGGGAGAGGGGAGGGAGAGGUAGCCUCAUUACUGAGAGCUGUUAAUUAUUUCUCCUAAUUACUUCGCUGAGCCUAGGUUAGACUACUAACUGUAGACAAUGAGCAAAGUCUGAGUGAUAUAUUAAGCACUGGUCUUGUGUGAAAAGGCCAUUUCCAAAUGAGCCUGCAGCAGGAAAAGGCUGGCUAGUGCAGGGAUGCUUCUCCAUGGGGACCUCAGUUGUCCCAACCCCACUGCAGUCCCCUCCAGCUGUUGCCAUGAUGCAUCUUUGCAGAAAAUGCUGUAUUUUUAAGCAACCACAGCCAGUAUUUUUAAGCAGCAAUAUAGAGCUCAUGGGGAUUAUAUUAACUCAUUAAGGCUCAUCAACAUGCUCCUGUCUGAGGAGACAUUUACAGUCAAGCACAUAAAUGAGGGCAGGAGAAACCAGAGAGAAGAGGAAGGAAGUCAGAUCAAUGGGAAUGUCAUAAACACAAGAGCUCUAGUGCUUACCAAGCCAGGAGGUGAUUGAGUGCAGGCUUAGAAGAUGGGGGCACCCCCAAGUCCAGCUUGUUCAGUUCUAGGCUGAUUUCUUUGACAGGUGAGCAGCCUUGGUACCAAUCCCAGUUCUGUGACACUCCCAGGGCUGGCCCAGGAGCCCCACAUAAUUCAGGCUUCAGCCCCACUGGUAUUUCCAGGUCUGGUGUCCUGGAAAUGACACCUGAGUGGCUCUGAGAGCUUCUCUGUCAACUUCUGCUCUGUUCCAACACCUUCUCUCCGUGGCCCUGUCCCCGCAGCCCAUCCUGCUCAGGGAUGCCAGGAGCAGCCCAUGUUUCAGAAGUGCAAGAACCCACAGCAUCUUCCAGCCCUAACUCUGGAUACUGAGCACUCAGCCAGUGCCACCAAAACCCAGCCACCUCCACGGAGAGGGGACAGCGAGCCUGUGCUUUGGAAAAGGACAGAAAACCACAAGUGAAGGUGCAGGAUGGAUAUUGUCACUUCAAAGAGGAACACACAUUCUGAGCAGGAUUUGACAUCACUGAGGCAGAGCACAGGGCUUAGUUAAUCCACCAUAAAGUAAAAGAGGGCUCAACUCACCCUGAUUUGAUCCUUGAGGCAGUGGGCUGGCCCCAGCAUUGCCUCCCUGGUUCCAGCACAGUUGGGUGCUCUCUGUUGGUACUGACAGUCUUUUCUUUGUGCUUUCUGACUGCAGCACAUCUUAAAUCCUCACAUGUUACUGUUCUUACAAGUAAUAGCAAAGACUGUAACAAGAUCAAGACCUCUAAUGGCACUUCUGGAGGAUGAAGCUACAUUCUCCUUUCCCUGCACUACUGUUUUUCUCUAGAAUAUUAGAUUAAGCAACAGAAAAUUUACUACUUCAUAAAGCCAGACAAACUGCGCCCAGCAGAUUCCCUGCAAAUACACCAUUUUAUUGCAGGAACGUGCCAAGCAGCAGCACCAAAUUCCUGUAGAAAAUAACCUCAGAAGGGCACAACAAAGCUCAGAGCAGUCCAGGAAUGAAGGCUGCUGAAAACUGUAUUUCUGCCUUUCUAAGUUUGGGGCUUUGCUCUUGGUUGGUUGGGUAUUGGCUGUUGGGCUUUGGGGUUUUAGAGCCACAGAAUAGUCACAUGUGCUGAAGGACUUGGCAUCACACAAUGCAAACCUCUGCAAGGCAGAGAAGAAAAUCACACAAAACUUACACUUAGUAUUCAAGAAAACAAUUUAAAACUUCUGAAAGCUUCAGCACUGAAGACUCGUUAACUGCAGACAUCUGUUAGCACGGGUGUCUGCACAAAGAGAACAGAGCAUUAUUGAAAUAACACAGAGAAACCAUCAGUGCAAGUACCCACAGAUCCCAAAGUUCAUCUUCUUUAUGACAGAAGUUUUGUACAUCAAUUAAUGCUUCCAAAUGGGAGAAGUUGUCCAACGAUCUCGAUACUUUACUUGUGGAAAGGUUACCCAAAAGGUACUUCUCUUUCUGAGAAAAGCCACUUAUGCUCUUUCAAGAGGUUCCAUGUGCAUCCUGUCAGUGGCAUUUGAUUAGUUUGGGAAAGUUUUUAAAUUACACUUCUGUCUGCAAAAAGUGACCUCUCCAAACUGCACAAGUAGAACUUUUGAUUUUUCUUGUUUACCUCAAAUUCUACUCUGGUUUUAACUAUUUAGAGUUCUGACAAAUCUAAACAACCAAAAGCCCCAAGGCAACAAAAUCUUCCUGCUGCACAUUUGCUCACUUGCUAGGUGAAAUGUUGAAACUACAGUUCCUGGGAGCUGGAGACAGGAUGGGGGAAGGAAUUCCAUUGGCAGUUGCCAGGUAUGUUAUUUGGUUUUUAAAGCAGCAGACAUCUCAUCUGCAAGUGAUUUGUAAGGAGCCCUGCAGAGGCUGGAGGAGCAGAAGAACCAACUUUUUAAUGGGAAUGAAAUGGUCUCACUGCCCUGUUCUGCUCUGUAAUUUGCUUUCAAGAGAAGCCCCAAAUGUAAAUAAAACAAAGUAUAAAGGAGGAGCUGAGUGUUCUUGCUCAGAAAUAAGAGCAGAGCUGGGUUUUGAAGAGCUUUAUAUCCACAUCUUCUCAGCCCUUUUGGCUGGGAACUGGAGAGUUUGGCCAUGAUCACACAGAAUGUGGCUAAAAAUCACAGCCUGAUUUAGGAUGCAGACCCUCCUGAAGGCUGCUUUGACAUUUUGAUUCUCGAGGUGUUUUAAUAAGUUUAAUUGCAGGGAAAACACAUGAGGAAAGCCUAAACCCACUCAUCUUCAUGAUAUAAGUGCCAGCAGCAAUAUCAGGCUCCAAAAGCUCCAUCCUGACCCCACUCUGUGCCACUCCAGGGGUUAAAACAGAGGGGAAAGUGAUGAGGUUUCUCUGUAGCAAAGGGAGUUCUUGCUUCAUGCAACAGUGAAAUCAGUGGCAAUGUUGCACAACUGCACCAGACAACAAAAUCAGGUUUUCUGUUUUCCCAAUACCACAUCUAAUGUGGUGUCUUCAUUUCUAUCACGCUUUUCCUGGGAGUUGGUGGCAAAAGCAGCAGACAGGUACAUAUGGCCAGGAGGUCUCAAGUCAGUGAUAUUCCAUGUGUGAGGCUGCUUAGCUUACAUUUAUUUGCACUAAAGAAAAAGGUGCUGGGCUCCUUUCCAAGCAGCUUAAAAAGACAAGAAAGGAGACCCGUUGUGGCAAGAGACUGUAUUAUAUCAUUAACAUUAUAAAUUCCGUUUACAAUCCAGCGGUCAUUUCAUCCAUCAUUUAUUCAUGCACAAUGGAGAGAGCGGCUUGCAUUUUUAGGACCAUGGUUCUGCUCAUCCAUGGGAUUGCUGUGAAUGAACAGCCCAGCUCUGGUUUUGGCUCCUCUGGUCUCUGACUUCUCACCAUGUUCCAGAGACUGCCAAAAAGCAAGUCAGCUCUGGAAUUACUGGGGUUCCAUGUUAUUUUUCAGCUGUCGACCAGGAAUGUUGCUUGGCCCCAACUGAUGCAUUUAGUCACAAGAUCUGCAUUGCUCUGGAAGCCCAGGCUGCUCUGUGCUUCCCCCACGUGAAUGUAGCAGGUGUGGGGGUUAUUCCCAUUCCAUGGAUUAGCAGGGGGAGAAGUGCCUUGCCAGCCUGCAGCCCUGGCUCCCAGCUCCUGCACCACCACUCAUUAGACCCAGCUGCUAAUUAGCUGUGGCACUCAGCUGCCCCAGGAGACAGCACUGUAAGAACUCACAGUCCCAGCAGCACUGGGAGUGUGAAUGGAGAGGCAAGGACAGGCUGAUGUCCCUCACACCCCCACAGAAGCCUGGCACAGCUCUUGUGAAAGCCAAGCACAAUCCAGUGGCAUCUCCAGCUCUCAGCGCCCAGCAACGAGCCAACAUCUCCCUCCUGCGCUUCCCAGAGUGGAUAAUGCUCCUGGAAAACUGCUGGUUCCCCUCUGCUGCCCCACAGACAGCCCAGAAUAGCUGGGAAGGCAGCACAGCACAGGGCACAGUGACCCAGAGCUAAGGAACACAGAACAGACAGGGACCUGCUGCGCUCUCACAUCACCAUGAUUGGGAGUAAUGACAGGGAAAACAAAGAAUUACAGCAAACCUUGAAGGAAAAAGGAAUAACCAUAGUUAUACCCCACAUUUACUGCAAAGCCUAUUUUGUAUACAAAGAACAAAUUAAAUAAACCUCCAGGCUCUGAAAACCCCUGCACAAAACAUAGUCCAGCACUUCCUUCCUUCCCAAAAACACAGAGGGGACUGGCUUUGCACUGAGAGUUAAGCUCCAAGCUUGAAAACAGCAUGGAAGCCUCUCUAUAAAAACCUGGAUACUGCUUCUUCCAAAGGGUUUUGGCACAACCUCCAAUAAAGUGUUUUACAUGAA